AUGCAUGUCGUGUCCGACAAUGCGGUACUCAGUUUAAAGAAAGACUCCGCGCAGGCAGUGACUAUAGCUGUGUCGUCUCGUGCUAUCUUUGACCUGGAGGAGGAGCAUGAGCUGUUCCUGGCGGAGGGCAUGGGAAACUACACCAGCCAUCAGAUAGCACACGAAAACGAACCUCUGGCAGAGGGCACGGCAUUGCCCUUCAUCAGAGCGGUUCAGAUGGUAAAUGAGAAGUUAUUGGAAAACAAUCCCGAGGAGAAGCAACUGUUUGACAUCAUCCUGGUCUCCAACAACAACGCCCAGAGUGGACUGCGCAUCAUCAACAGCAUCAAGCACUACGGUCUGCACAUCACCCGGUUCUGUUUUCUGAAUGGGAUCGAUCCCUCCAAGUACCUGCAAUCCUACAAUGUCAAGCUGUUCCUGUCAGCAAACGAGUCGGCUGUUUGCAGUGCCCUUAAGAGAGGGAUUCCCGCGGCGCUGGUUAUCCAGCAGGACGUUCAGACGGCAGCAGAGCAGCUGAGGGUGGUAUUACGGGACUGCGUGCUCUUCUCUGACGAGAGUGAGAACGUUUACAGAGAGAAGGGUCUGGACGAGGUCAUCAAGUACGAGAAGGAUCGUGAGCACAUUCCUAUUGGAGAAGGACCUCUGAAGGCGUUCGCCAUGAUCCUGGGGAACAUGAAGAAGAAGUUCCCCCGGGAGAAGGACCCCAUCUGUACCUACCUGCUGACCUCGAGGAGCGGCAGGGACAUGGGGGUCCGGGCCAUCAAGACCCUCCGGGACUGGGGGCUCGAGGUUGACCAGGCUUUCUUCCUGGACGGUGCUCCCAAAGAUCCCAUUUUAGCCCAAAUCCGACCGCACAUAUUCUUCGAUGAUUCAACGCACCACAUUCGUGGGGCCCUGGCAUCAGGCACUCCUGCUGGCUACAUCCCUCCCUGCGACAAGUCCUGAAGAGGGACAUUUCGGGCCAAUUGGAACAAGGUUUUUCUGUGCAUAGCUCCUUCCCUCCCUCAAUCCCUUCCUUCCUCCUUCAUUCCCUCCCUCAGUCCUCCCUCCCCAACAUCCCUCCCUUCCUAGGACUAUCCGUGCUUCUAAACUCCCAGCCCUCGAUCAGAACUGUUUGCAUUAUAAUUUUGUAUGGGCGGUUUGAUCAGCAAAAGUUGUUUUCUUCUCCAAAACCUUUCACGGUUUUAUUUUUCCAGUGGGGAGGCGAGAGCGGAGAUGCCUUUUGAUAUCCUCUUUCCUUCCUCACCCCCCCCACGCCCCUUACACUUUCCC